AUGCGCAAGCUUGCUUUAACCUGCAUCGUUGUCAUUCUCGCGGCAAGGUUUUAUUCUUCGAUAGGCUGUCCAGUCUUCAGUCAAAGCGGGGAUUGGACUUACGGCCUCCUGGCGUCAAACUACAACAUUUCGGCAUCUGAUACAGCCACUGGAAUUGAAUCUGGAUAUCUUGUGAUCUUGGGAGAAAGCUUCAAAAGCCCGGAGAUCGUAGAUCAAGUGUUAUCUUCAGGAUCUCUUGAAGUAGAUGUUUAUUGCGCCCAGGUUGCUGGAGCAGGAUGUGACGGUGAUGAGACGUCAGGUGUUGGGGUAUGGGGCAACGAAUCUCAAUGUCUGGGCUGCGUGGGUGAGGUACAAGUCGAAGUGACAGGAAUAGGUGAGUGGUACAUCGGGUCGUCCAACUGCAGUGGGUGCAGCUGCAACGGAUCUGGUGUUCCGUUUGUUGACGGGGUUGAAGCCCAGGGGUUGUGGAGCCCUCAGGGUUCUUGCAACGACCAGAUAGCACGAGGAAACUGCUCGUGUACAGCAUGGGACGGUGUCGCAAUCACUCCCUCAGGGAGGUUCUAUCCUGUCGGCAACUGCAGCGGAGGUGACCGAAGCUGCUCUUGCAAUGAAACAGGCUAUGCCAUCACUCCGCAGACCAUCUAUGAAGUCCAAGGUGAUUCACCAGAUUGUAACUGUUCUAGCGACGGAGUGCCUAUCACUCCCCCAACGGUCUACAAUGCUUCUGGAAACCACUCGGGCUGCAACUGUUCCGUGGAUGGAAUCCCAUACACACCGCCGUCAGAGAACAAUGAGACAUACUACUCUGCGGUUGCCAACAGUAUUCCUGUGGUUGUGAUUGCGUCAAGACUUGUGACUGUCAGUGUGAAAGAAGGCAAUGCGGAUAUGAAGUGUUUCUACGACGGAAAGAUCUAUUCCACUUAUGCCAACGGAAUGCAGGCUUACUUGUUGCAAGAUGGUUCGCUCCUGAACAGCACGUACUUGACAGGGGCUUCCCCAAGCUCCCUCGUCAAUGGGAAGUUUUCCUUUGCAAAUGUUGCUGUAACGAAAGCUGUAUCAUCAGCUUACCCAUUCAAUCUUACUUUUAAGACCGACAAUGAUGUGGUUCAGAAAACAACAGCGUCAUCUUUCUUGGUGAGGCCUACACUUAUCAAGGUAUAUCAGACAGGGACCAGCUCAUCACAACACUCGAGUGCUGAUUAUCUUGUGCAAGAUGCAAACACUUACUUGGGAAACUACACUGUUGAGCUCUGGGGCUCAAAUCGAAUCGAGUACAUUCACUCGAAUGAAAAUGUCGCGGUCAGUGCCUACUUGUGGACAGGAUUAAAGGCUGGAAACAUGGACUCAUCGACGUCUUCGGACCUCUCCUACAACCUUCAGAGCUUCUUGAGCGUCCAAGGCUCGACUGAUCACACAUCAGCAGUGACGAUCAGCUCAUUUCAUGGCGUUUCAGCGAAUUUCAAGUUAUACAUGAGCGGUCUUGCAGGGCUAUACUUCCAGCUGGGAUAUGAGUUGUCGUUUCUCAACUAUUCCUUUGCUGUGCGGACAACAGGAACCUUUCAAUUGAGCCCGGCCAAGAUGGUUUUGAGUUACAGCGAGCAGUAUGUCUUGUAUGAAUACAGUGAGUCAGAUGUGAGAAAUGUUCCAUCCGUCGUGCAUCUUGAUGGAGCUAACAACGACACUGCGAACGUGGCUGGUCUUCCCGGCAUCAUCAACGUCAACCUCACUGAUUCAUCAGGUGCCACUCUUACAGGCUCCAAUUGUGACUCCUGCAUGCUUGUUCGCCUGUUCAAGUGCCAGGACAGUUCACCUUCAGCUCAGUCUGCCCCGUACGACUACACUGUUCCUCCCUGUGCCUCUGUGGCCCAGGCCUACUGUGCGACUUAUAAGUUAGGAAGUUGUUCUAGUAGUACAAGCUAUUUGGGCACUUUGCAAGGUACGACGCUGGUGAGCGUUUCGGAAGGGAAAGCGACGUUCUCAGGCCUCAUGGUGAAGUAUGUGUUCGGAGCCGGCUAUCGUCUGCGAUUCGUCUUUGACUCCUCAAACUCUCUGUCGUACAGCGUUACUAGUCAGCAUAGCACUGGAGUGCAAGACAUGCCUGAUCCUAAGUGGCAAGCAGCAGGAGUCAACAACAGCUUUUUCGUGCUGCCGACAUUGUCUGUGACUCAAAGUCCUGGAGGGGAGGGACUCGAUGUCGGGCUGCUCGGAGGUGACUUCACGCUAGGGACUCCUGACGGUGUUCCCUAUGGCUUUGCGUUCAAGAAUCAGCCCAUCAUCAAGGUCCUUGGAGACGGCUACACCUUUGACAGGAACUGGGGCAGGCAUGGGCAUGCCCCCUUGACAGCGAUCAUCAAGUCAGAUGCUUGCGGAGGAGGAGGGUGCGCCGGUCAGGGCCUUGUGCUCACCGGCUCCUCUUCUCCUGUCUCUCAAACUUACUUCUCUGCCGUUGCCCAGAGCCUGGCAGCCGGCAAUGGCCCUUAUUACGCCACGUUUGCUGACGAAACAGACCGCAACUACGGGGUUGAGUUGAAGUGGAGCGACAGCUUGCAAUUUGUUGGAUUUCAAUAUCUGGACCUUCGGAUUGACGGGGCUCUCAACGAGACAGUGCAGGUCGACUUGAAACUUUCUUUCCUCUGCGGCAUCAGCACCUCCGACCCGACGGGGUACAACAAGCUCUUUGCUGUGGCGGACUCGAGCUUCUUUGAUCUGUUCGGCCCUCCUGACUCUCCGUCCAACUUCAAAGUCUCCAACUACGGAUCUCUCGGAUUCCGCGUGGAGUUUGAUCCUCCCUCCAUCAGCGGCGCGAAGCCUCUCUCCGGUUUCAUCCUCGAGGUUGACCGUUGCUCGGACUCUUCUUGUCUUCCUAAGACACAGCACGUGCAUCCCAACUUUGCCACUCCCAAGCAGCUCGGAUCCGACUAUCAGCUUGGGGGAGGUCGCGGGGAAGAGGUUCUUGUCAAGUACAACCAGAGCUCUUCUACGUCAUUCGCUCUCACGCUCAAUCUGAUUCCCAGCAGGCAAAUGCUCGCUGGCGACAUGCUUGUGCUGCCGCUGCCCAAGUUUACAGCAGAUUUAAGGCUGAAAUCAUCGUACACAUGCGCGUUAGCUGAACAGAGUCCUUUCUCGUUGGAGGUUCUUCCGCAAGAGUCUUUGCUUCAGCUCACAGUGAAGGAGGGUAGAGAACUGAUCAUGUACGCCCCGCUCGAUGUUGUCGUUCCUGACAACUGCAACAUCUCGCUCGAAAUUCCUUACGGUCAACAGUCCUCAAAGAUUUGUUCCGGGAUGAACUACUCUCGUUCUUUCUGCUUGUCCAUCUUCUCUCUCGGAGGCCUCCGGUGCUGUGAUUGGGACGCCACACAGCAAACUUGCCAGGCCAAUGCACUUGUAGACAUCUGCCUGCCCUCUGCAGUUCCUGACUCCAUCUUGCAAGAUGGUUUUGUAUCCACCAACGCAAGUCAGAUAGGCACUUUCUUGUAUCCAAAUGUUUUGCAAGGAGUCUUCGUGGGCAACUCAUUGCAAACUGAUACCUGCUUCUCAAACAGCACCACCUAUCAGUCUUGUUUGUCAGAAGAUACCUUCAUCCUGCCCAAGAUAGAAGACGCAAGCCCGUCGGAUCUGUUCUGGAGCGGUCCCCUCCGAGUUGGAUCGACAACGAGCUCAGCCCAACUCAACGCUGGCUGUGAAUCGCUGACGUCAUCGUCUAACCCGUGCAUCCUGACCGUCGGUACUGAUCGCUCCUUCCUCCUUGUCGCGACCAACGCUUCCUCCAACUCGUCGUCAACCUUGGGGAUGAGGAUGAAGGGCAUCAGACGCCAGGCGAUCAACGCUGGUGACGUCCUCUUCCUUCAGUUCCCCGCUCUCUCGACCAGCUCCCAGCUUUCCAUUUCCACUUCUAGAGUUUCUGUGGACACGGAAAGUUUCGAAUGGCCUUCUACUUUCAACUCGUCCGAUCUGUCUCUCACUAUCGUCGCUCAGAAUGCAAUUCCAGCGGAGAAAACUUUGAUUUUUGAGGUCACAAACGUCGUGCUGUUGCAGCCUUACUCAUCGUUGACUGUCAAAUGUGAAGUAUUCAGCAGGAAGAAAACCACCGUCCUCUUCCAUCAGGGCAGCAGAUACUCAAACUUCACCUCGCAGACUGGCAGUCCGUUGCAAGGGUACCAAGAGUUUCCGGGGGGCGUCAACUUCAUCUUGGAGGGGAAGAUCUACAAGUUUCGGAUCUUCUCGUACAACGCGAGGUUCCGAAGCGCCUCGAUCUCAUCAUACCUCAACAACCGCGCGGUCCUCGCUCCUGAAGCCCCGGCCUACUUUUCUCAGAUCGCGCAGGGCUCCGUGAACGCGAGCGUGACUUACUAUCCCGAGCGGGUGUCAGCUGCCGACUGGUGCGAGUUGGGCCUGCACUUUCAGCUGGACUCCUAUCUUGGGGAGGAGGAGACGGUGUACUUCGAGCUGAAUGGCUUCCAAGGGAGCGAGUUGCUCCAGUUCUGUCCAAGCUGCGAGGCAAGUAUUAGAAACGAGAGCGUCAAACCUCUUGUGGAACAGAACGUCACCUUCGUUGCUACUUCGGCUCCUUUCCAUCCCAUCUUCGAUCAUGGCUCAUGGUCACAAAACUUAUCCACUCUUUCGCUCUUCGUGGCGCAAGGGAAAUCAGCAGCUCCUGGAGUUCUCUACUCUGUCUACCUUCCCUCAGGCUCACUGCUCUGCCCUCAACCCGAGGCAAGGGCUGUGAGCAUGAAAGGUUGGCUGCUUCAGUUCAGCCUCAAUUGGCUUUCUCCUUCUCCUCUCCUUCACCGGCCUCGCCUGGGCUUCAUCGUGCAGGUCUCCACGGAUCCCGCGUGGAAGUCGUUCGUGCAAACCACCAGCGUGUCGGACAACUUUGACCUUCCCUUGCUGCAAACAAGCUCACCGAUCGCCUACCUGACCCAUGACAUCGGCAAGGAAGGCAACGAGAUCGGCCUGUGUGGCGAGUGGCGAUGGCUGGAGAAGAAAUUCAUCAAGGUGGACGAGGAGGUGAUGCUGGUGUAUCAGGUGCUGGUGAUGGAGGAGGGAUGCGAUCAGAGCAUGUUCCGCUCUUCCUUGCUUGUAGAUCGAGGGUUUCGAUCGCUCAAGAGCGAGCAUGUUAGCGUCCUUGGGGGCGCCAACUGCUCUUGCCUUGCCAAUGGAACCUCCGCAGGGUCACCUGAUCCCGGCAGAGAGUGUGUCUGCACGAGUAUAGCGCUGGCGUAUCCGAGCGCUACGGACUGGUCAGUGGGAGGAGGGAUCGACAACAAGGUAGCCAGCAGCUGCCCUCUCGGCGCCUCUUUCUGGGAGUUGGGGUGCAACCCUCUCGGGGUUGUUUACACCAGCGGCCUCCGCACGGCUCAGAGCGCUGUGGUGUCAACGCAGACACGAGCAGGGGUGGGAUACGUCUCCUGCGACACCCUGGAAGGAUCCUGUCAGGCAAACUGCAUGUGCUCGUCCUCCAACAAGCUCGCAGGCUUUCAGUUCGGUAGUGUCAGCCCUCUGCCUCACUCGCUCCUCCUCGCCUCCCCUGGCGAUCCUCUCCACUUCCCGUCAAGGCUCCAGACACGCCUUCUUACCGCCCUCUCCUCCACGUCUCAGACCCUCAAAGUCUCCGACACGUCGGGACUGAGUGUCAACCUUCUCCUUCGCGUUGACAGUGAGCUCUUGUGGGUGCUCGCCGUGCUCGAUGCCAGUACAGCUUUCGUUGAGAGAGGGUCCUACGGCACCUCAGCUCAGCUUCACCAGCAGGGGUCAGCCGUUAGCGUCGUCACCUGGCCAGUCAGCUCGUUCGUCUCCUCUCGCCGGCAGUUUUUCUUCCGAGUCGCCGCCUUCAACACAGCGGGCGUGAGCUCCUUCCUCUACUACCAGGUCAAAGCUCUCGCUGUCACUCCCCGUACCGUUCCGACCAUCGGAGGGACGGUGAUGGAGCUGGCGGCGCUAGGGAUGGGCAUAGGAGGAGAGGGUCACGACUUUCUGCUGGGGCAGCUGACGUCAUCCGGCUACAUCGACUUCGCUCGCUCUCGAGCCUGCAAUGUUCUUCGCUCCCUCGACAUCGGCGGCACGAGGCUCGUUUGCGAGGCCCCAGCUGGAGUGGGAGCUGUUCAGAAGUUUGUGCUUUACUUCAGGCAGGGAUGCCUGGAGUAUUUCAACGUGGGGGCUGCGGUGAUCAAAUACUCCAAGCCCAACAUUCUCCUCGUUGUUCCCAACCUCGUCCCUGGCUCUCUGCCUGCCAAGGUGCGGAUUUACGGGGAAAACUUCGGACAGAACAGCUCGGAAAUCAAUAUCGUACUGAUCAAUACCGACAACGAUAUCAUCGCGUGCAAUUCCUUUACCUGGCAAGGAAACUCAGGCCAAACUUUGUCCGGAUACAUCCAGGCGAGCGUCGGGUCCUCAUGGAGUGGAGGUGCUCAAGUCUCGACAUUGAAAACUCUGCAGUCCAAGUUUACUCAGCCCGACUGCUCCGACCCCAGGCACCAGCCACGAGCUUUCCCACCUCAUCUUGACAUCUUUGCAGAGCAACUGGGAGCCAACCUCGUCAAGCAAGCCUCCGAUCCUAACUCCAAGCUCCUCUCUGGCUCAGUGACCAGCAGCACCUCCUCUGCUUCAGGAGGCGCCAGCCCCACACAGACCUCGACGUUCCUCACCGAAUGCUCCCCCAAGACCUACUCGUGGGUCGACAUGGAUCUCUGCUUCGACUGCUGUCAGGGUCGUUGCGUGGCGACGUCACUCUUGCCAAGUUCAUCGUUGAACUAUGAGGACUGCGACCUGACGUGCAUGCUGCACUGCGGGUACGGACGAGAGUUGCCGUUGGACGGGGGUCCCCCAGUGCUGGAGGAAGGAGUUUGCAACCGAACGAGCUGA